GCUCGACCUGAGCUAGCUUUGUAUCCGAGCAUCAGUAGCCUGCCAGAGCUACGGAAAGCAUCGUUUAAAUCAAGAGCCAGUGUUUUAUUCGUGCCUGUAUCUGCUCAUUUUUUUAACAGAUAAACACCAAAAUGUCUGCUCCUAAGAAGGGAGACUUGUCCCCGAGCGAAAAGGAGUUGUUUGAGGUUAUCACCGCAGGAAAUGUUCAGGAGGCUUCAAGGCUGCUGGGCUGUAAGGAUGUUCGAGUCAACUGUUUGGAUGAGUACGGGAUGACCCCUCUCAUGCACGCUGCUUACAAAGGAAAGGCGGACAUGUGCCGGUUGCUUCUGCAACACGGAGCUGAUGUGAAUUGCAAUGAGCAUGAGCAUGGAUACACAGCGCUGAUGUUUGCUGGCCUGUCAGGCAAGACAGAUAUCACGUGGAUGAUGUUGGACGCGGGGGCGGAAACAGAUGUAGUCAACUCUGUCGGGAGGACCGCCGCACAAAUGGCUGCCUUUGUCGGGCAACACGACUGCGUCACAGUGAUAAACAACUUCUUUUCACGUGCCAGACUUGACUACUACACAAGGCCCCAGGGUUUGGAGAAGGAACCCAAGCUGCCGCCCAAACUGGCCGGACCCCUCCACAAGGUCAUCAUGAGCACCAACCUGAACCCUGUCAAGAUGGUGAUGCUGGUGAAGGAGAACCCCCUGCUGGCAGAGGUGGAAGCUCUGAACAAAUGUCGUCGGGUGAUGGAGCUCAUCUGUGGGAAGUGCAUCAAGCAGCAGGACAUGAACGAGGUGCUGGCCAUGAAGAUGCACUACAUCAGCUGCGUGCUGGGAAAGUGUGCCUCCUUCCUCAAGGACCGCGAGGACAAGCUGGACGGACUCGUCAAGAGUUUGCUGAAGGGUCGGGAAAGCGAUGGUUUCCCCGUUUAUCAAGAGAAGUUCAUCAGAGAGUGCAUUCGCAAGUUUCCUUACUGUGAUGCCACUCUGCUGCAGCAGCUGGUGCGGAGUAUCGCUCCUGUGGAGAUUGGAAACGACCCCACUGCGCUGUCGGUGCUGACCCAGGCCAUCACAGGUCAGGUCGGCUUCAUGGACGCAGAGUUUUGCACCUCCUGUGGAGAGAAGGGAGCUGAGAAGAGGUGUUCCAUCUGUAAAAUGGUGAUCUACUGCGACCAAGCCUGCCAGAAGAUGCACUGGUUCACCCACAAGAAAGUUUGUAAGAAGCUCCAUGAGCAGAGAGAGCAGCAAGAAGCAGAAUCAGCCAAUCUGAGAAUGCAGCAGAAAAAAGAGGAGAGUAAAGAGGUGCAGGAGGUCACAGACUCCAUACAGGAGCUCUCAGUGGAGACCAACUGCGAGGUCGCUGCUUUGGACUCUGCUGCAGAAACCUCAAACCCCACUUCUAUCCCAGCUGCUGACAACUGAGGAACAUCGAACCAUCGACAAUGGCAGCCUCCUCCUACAUCCUUACUCCCCAGACCGAGAGAGAGCAAAUUGGCAGCAAGACUGAAAGCCAAAUGAGGACUGGUCUGGCAGGAGGGAAGAAGUCACAUAUUUAUUAUGGCGCUGGGGCCAUCACACAGGAAGGGGGGCACUAAAGCAUCCCAGGAAGGUUCCAGCCUCAGCGGCCAUCUGUUUGUCCUUUUAAAUAUGUUUUCUGAUGAGGUUGUCAUAUGUGAAUGAUGAAAAUUGGCGUAGGCUUAUGUUUGUGGUAGAGGUCACUGGGAGGAGUUGUAAUAGUUCACAUCCACGACGGAUUGUAAAUCUGCCUUAAGAAACUGUAGCAGCUUGUGGGGGAAAAAAGUGACCGUGUAGCCAAUCAGAGCUGUUUAUUUGCAAUUUACUUGAUUUAUUAUUGGGAUGUUUCUUUCUGUUUUGUACUGAUAACCUCGGGGUAGAUUGUGGAUGGAUAGCAUAGCUGCACACUAUUGACCAAAAAUUUAUAUUUUUUAAAUAUGAAUGACAUAAACAUGAAUUUAUGAUGAUGUUAAUGCUCAGGAUUUUCCAAACUGUAACUGAAUCAAAGCUUUUUUGUUUUGUUUCGUUACAUCAUUUGUUGUUGACUAAGAAUUGUUGUGCACCACACAGGAAACAAGUUCAAGACAAAAAGAAAAAAACAUUGACAAACUCCGACCUUUAUUUUGAAAAAGCAGUGAUAUUCUUUCAUUUAAUAUGCAGCCUGAGUGGACAGAGAAGCUGAAGGUGAAUAUGUCUAAUGAGGCUUUGUUUUCCCUGAACAGUCACAUUAAUUAAAGACCAUCUUCAUCA